AUUUUGUUACUGCUACUUAUAGAAUGACAUUUACUGAAUGCAAGAUACACGAAAUCAUCCAACUCAUCGAGUAUGGAACUUGAAGCAAAACAUAGUCAGAUAGAUGCAAAAACUUCUGAUGCUGCUAAACUCACUGCUGAUAUGGAACUCCUCCUUCGCGAUCGAGACAUUUUGCAGAAGAAUUUGGAUGAGUUUCUUAUAAAACUUGCAGAACAACAACGUGAAGAGACAUCCGAAGAGGAUGAGGAGAUAAUGACUUGUAAGAAACUUAAGUAUGAUUCAGCCGGAACUUCUGCAUCGAGUGAAUUCACUCAGGAACAGUGGAAAUACAUGUUCGACCUGAACUCAGACUCAUCAUCGGAAGAGGAAAUGGAGAUACGAAAGAGAAAUGAUGACAAGAAGUUGAGGGACGAUAAAAGUUUUGUGGAGCGCAUGCACAAAAAAGAUUGAAGCAGCAUUCAACAAUUCUGAUGAUGAUGAUGA